AAUCCACAUAAGCCCGGCCCAAUUUCAAUAUCCAAUCACAGAAACCCUGAACUGCUUUCAUAUAAAUAAGAAAAUGCUACCCUAAUUUCUUGUUUUGAGUCGUCUUCUUCAUUUGUAGGGUUUAUCAAAACCAGAUCUCCCUGCCGCCUGCAACAAUGGUGAACGUUCCGAAAGUGAAGAAGACCUACUGCAAGAACAAGGAAUGCAGGAAGCACACCCAGCACAAGGUGACUCAAUACAAGAAGGGUAAGGACAGUUUGGCUGCCCAAGGAAAGAGACGUUAUGAUCGCAAACAAUCAGGAUAUGGUGGUCAGACUAAGCCCGUCUUUCACAAGAAGGCCAAGACUACCAAGAAGAUUGUCUUGAGGCUACAGUGCCAGUCAUGCAAGCAUGUAUCCCAGCACCCCAUUAAGCGUUGCAAGCACUUUGAGAUUGGUGGAGACAAGAAGGGAAAGGGAACCUCACUCUUCUAAUUGUGUUGUGGUUCAGUUUUGUUUUACUGCCUGCAUAUUUUUGUUGAAGAUAUAGUUAAGGCUUGAACAAUUAAUUUAGUUGUCAUAUCAUAUGUAUGGUGGUUGAUAGACUUGUUUAGCCAUAUUGGAAGGUCACUUCAGUAUUUUCUUGCA